UACGCACAGCACGUGUAUUGUUCAACGGUCUUGUCCGGGGAAGAUCAAGUCAAGUUAUUUGCACAAGUGUGAUUUAGAUAUUAUAUGGUGGUAAAGAAUUGUUAGCGUUAAUAUUUCCCGACUUCAUUUGGAUGUCGAGAUUUGUCAGAGAUUUGACGCACGACAUGCCACCUUGCGUUAUUGAAAAAGCCAGCUCGAGAAUGAAUACAGUUAUGCGGUUGUGCAUAUUGGCAGCUUUGUGCGCGUCUCUUUCCACUGCCACUUCCGAAAUGUUCACAUUUUCGGUACCCAAGGAUCCGGUCUCAGUGCGGUUGGGACAUGUUGCCACCAUGCCAUGCUCGCUCACCCCUUCCAUGAACGCGGAGGGCCUGGAGGUGCGUUGGUACCGGCCCAAACAUUUCGACAACCCGGUCUUGCUCUACAGAGAGAGACAGAUCCAGGAAGCCUUACAGCAGGCCCAAUACGUGGGCCGCACCUCCCUUGGGCUCCGGGAGGUUACGUCAGACGGGCUGAAGGGAGGUGAUGUGACCUUGAAGCUGGUUAAUGUCACUCUGAGAGACCAAGGGGAAUAUGUGUGCUACGUCAGCAGUGACCAGGGCUAUGAGAGUGCCAGUGUCUUUCUCAACGUGACUGUGGUGGGCACCCCUCCUCUCCUCUCAGCAGUGAGAAGAGAUGCUGACUCUGUGAACGUGAGCUGUGUUUCCCAUGGAUGGAAGCCAAGGCCCAGCCUACAGUGGUCAGAUGGGAGGCAGACUCUGAAACCUGAAAGGCUGGACUACAGCAGUGGUGCCCAAGGUCUGGUGUCUGCCCACAGCUGGAUCCUCUCUUCCCCAUCCAGUGCUCCCUGGGUAUCCUGUUCUCUGGUUCUGUCUGAAGGGGAGGAGUGGGAGGGAAGAGUGGACCUACGGAACCUUGCGGCUGUACCAGAGACUUCAUCAGGACUGCAAACAGCUGUCAUCAUUUUAGCUCUGCUCCUGGUCCUGUUCGUGGUCUUCACUGGUGUGCUCUACAAAAAGAGAGACUUUGCCCAUCGAACUAUGGCGGAGAUAGUGUCUACAAAAGAAGAUGCCAUUACCAUUGCUCUUUAUAGGAAUGAAUGGAAAUGUUCCAAAGACAAAAUUACAUGUUUUUAAGUAUUUUUUUUUGUCGUUGUUCUAGUGGGAACAAUAACAUUAGUACUUAAAA